AUGAAGAUCGUACGCGGUAUCCUAGCACUGUUAGCUUGUGCCUUGAAUGUGCAGGCAUUUUCUAGUCUAAGUGGCAUUGCAGUCAGUCCUGUCAAAGGAGGCGAUGCAGUCAAUCUAGAACAGUACCUAGAGAAUCCAAAUGGAAAGACUCUGUUUAUUUUUGGGACAUAUGCCGCCGAUUUCAAUGCCAUUGAAUAUCUCCAGAGACUGCGCCAUUACAUUCCACGACUGAAAGAAUGUGGGGUUUCAAAAUUUGGUGUCGUGUUGAAUUGUCAACCAGAAGCUGCUCUUGCCGUUGCCGAGAUGGUUGACUUAGACACAUCCGAAGUGGAUAUCUUCGUGGAUAACGAGGGAGUUUCUCGUAAACAAUUUGGCGUGAACACAGGUUGGCUUAAGGACAACGAUGACGUCAAUCCCUACGUCAAACUUUUCGGAAUGCUUUUUGGGCUGGGCGCCUGGGCAACAUUGCCAGCAGUUAUCGGAGGCUACAUUGGAAAUCCAUUCGUUCCUCAACCGUGGAUUGAAGAUGCUCUUGCAGUGGGCCAGAAAAAGGGACGAUGGCCAGAUACUGCACUGCAAAUUGGAGACGAUGGGAGCGUUGUAAACAAAUUUGAUGAGCUUCCUGUCGUUGGUGACUGGCCGAGGCGUCCAUUGGAACUAGCUACCCUUAGAUUGCAGUCAAUGAUUGGAAUCUCAAUUGAAAACUGGAGCGAGCUCGCUCCAGACGAUGAGGCACUUCAGGCAGGUGUCCUAACUCAGCUGGGUGGUUGUGUUGUUACUGACUCGAAUGGCCAAACUUUGUUUGAGCGCAAGGAUACGGGCAUCUGCGCCGUGACAAACUUCGAGAUCUUGCUAAAAAAGAUCACAACAUAA